AUGCUCGCCCACUAUCCCCCAACCACUCCUCCACACCAAACACCAUAUCCACAGUCUGAGUCGCCCCUCUUUCAACAACCACAUCUAAACUCUAGGAACCUGCAGAAUAACGACGACAGCGAUAGAGUUGACCAAUACAGCUCUCUCCGCCACCGUCUUCAGUCUUCUUCCUCGCAGCACUUGCUCGGCGACCUCCCUCUGCAGCUUGAACACGCGCAAUUCUACUACGCAACUCCUCUUACUCCCGUUCCUUCCCAGUCACCGCCACCCGGCUCCUCAGCUGUUGUGUCUCCCGUAUAUUCUCCCGCUUGCUCUGCGGCCGCGUUCUCCCCCCAGAACUCUCCAACAGACUUCAGCUCCUUCUACCAAGACCCCGGCGUCGUGUCUAUGCCAGAAAGCACCUUCCCAUCUCCAGUCGGAUUGUCGCAAACAUCACACACCCCGCCCAUCAGAAUACACAACUCAACGCCUCCCUUCGAGGACUCGUCCUAUGACCAGGACAACUACUCGUCCAUGCUGUUACAGAGUGGGCUUCCGCUUGACAGCAAUAGUUGGAAUAAUUUUCUAGGUCCUGUCAAGUUCUGCCGCAGCACCAAUUCCAACAGCAACAGCAACAGCAACAGCAACAGCAACCAGCAGCAGAGACUUCAGAGGACGCCAUCACGGCCACGUCAACGUGUGCUUUAUAACCAGUAUCGAUAUAAUAGAGCUGCCUCGGAGUUAUCAGCUCCUGCAACUGGUGCUGUGUCGCCACUCGACCCCUCCGUGUCGUCUUAUCCUCCCUCAAGCUUCAACUGUCCGCAGCAGUUGACUUCGUCUACUUCUACGAAGCCUCUCCCAACUCCAGACCAUACUCCUGUCCAGAGUGCCUUCCUCCAGUCCAUUGAUCAGUCGUCUCGUGGUUGCGAACGGCCAGAGGUGGAUCUGGCAAUGAGAAGGGCCAUCUUGGAGCAGCAACAACAACAUCAUCAUCAUCAGCAACAACAACAACAACAACGUCAACAACAACGUCAACAGCAGCAGCAGCAGCACCACCACCAACAACAGCCAGUGGAGGACGACAAGUCAUUUUCAUUAUCUCUACCGCCUUCUGUUUCCACACAGAGUCAUAACUCUCCUGUUACUUCACAUGCAACAAACCCUGACGAUCAUGAUAAUGGUUCAAGGUCUAUGUCCAAUGGUGAGGACAAAUACCCCAGCGUUGGUGGAUGGAUGGAUGAUUACUUACGUGUUGAUGCCAUUGCAGCCGCAGAUUUCAGUGAGCAAGAUAGCCAGAAUCAGAUUGGCGUUCCCAAGCUGAACAGAACAGUAUCCGAUAUCUACGAAGACACCCUAUUCGAUCCCAACCCUACUGCCACAUCAAAGCAACCCAAUCCAGCUUCCCACCAACGCAGGAAGAUGUUCUCACCCUAUCACCGCAAUAUCAUUUCAGAUUUAAUACAGGCUGCACACGACGGCCACAUGUCUGAACAAUCGCAAUCCCGCUCUGCUUCAGCAGCUCGAAAUCGAUCUCCAUGGCGAGAUAAUUCUCCAUUCCUGCACGAACAAACCGCUUUCAAUGAUGUGCAAAUAUCACAAUCGCAACCUUUCACGAAUCAAUUGCAUCUCGCUGCUCAACAGCAGCCAGGUAUGCUGAUGGCCGCGGAGCAGUCCGAGCCGAAAACCAUUUCACCAAAGGAUGCAUUGCUUGAUUAUAACGAGUCACCAGAGGAUGCGAACAUGCCACUUUUUCCACCUCAGACUGAUGCCCCGCAGUACCAUGUUCCGGCCAUAGGAAACUCUACUGCUUUCCAACCAAACACCGGCUUUCCACAAAUGGAACAGUUCCCGAACCAAUAUGCUCAUCCCAAAAACCAUAUUCCUCAACAAUUUGGAUACAUGCAGGAGCAGGUCCCUAUUCAACUAGCGGGCCCACAGAAGCAACAGCAGCAGGCACCUCGCCAAGUGCAGCAGCCUCAUAUCCAAAGGGACAGCAAUCUAGUCCAGCGUACUCCUGAAUUCCCACCUCAUGUUCCAUCUAUGGAAUCUACUUCCAGUGAUACGAACACUCCAGCGGGGAACAGGUCGCCUUUGGUUGGAGGGCUUGGACAAAGAGCCCCAACUUCCCAUCCUACAGAAGCCGCCAGACGACCCGAAGACACUUCCUCCGAUGGAGGAACGUAUAGCUGCACCUAUCACGGAUGUACCCUCCGUUUUGAGACACCUGCCAAGCUCCAGAAACAUAAGCGGGAAGCCCAUAGACAAACUACACCCGGUUCACAUGCAAUGGCACGAGAUUCAUCUGCUGGAUCUCUGGCCAUGCGCAACUCCCAGGCUGGCCCUCAUAAAUGCGAGCGCAUCAAUCCAUCUACAGGCAAACCAUGCAACUCUAUCUUCUCACGCCCUUACGAUCUUACGAGACACGAAGACACGAUCCAUAAUGCUCGUAAGCAGAAGGUUCGGUGUCAUUUGUGCACGGAGGAGAAGACGUUUUCUCGCAACGAUGCUCUUACAAGACAUAUGCGGGUUGUUCAUCCUCAGGUUGAUUGGCCGGGCAAGCAGAGGCGGAAGGGAUUAAAAUUGGAGUGA